AUGCCGCCACCAGACGACGCUGCGGCAGAUGCAGACCAGAACGGCACUGGGCGUGCUGCCACUGCCAUGCCUCCAAACCCGCCCACGCAGAUCACAAUCACCGCUGCUCACGACUCGAGCUCGUCGCUGCCAUCCUCAUAUCCCUCGUCCGAGCCGGCACUGCCCUCGCCCGCUCCCCUGACACCACGGGCGUCUACCUUUCGGCUACCAGAGCCAGGCUCUCUGAAUGGCAGUCAUUAUCAGGCCACGCCGACCGGCUCGUUCACUGCGCCGACAUCACCUACGGCGGCAAGUGCCAUGUUCCGCACCAACACCAUCGGUGCCACCGUCGACCCUGCCAUCGCCGCCGGUCAUCUGGCCCUCGAUCGGUCCGUCAGCGCGCAGCCGAACCUUGGCGGCGGCGACGGACUCGGCAUCUCCGCCCUUCUCUCGGCCGCUGCGUCAGGCGCAGCCGCCAACGGCGCCGCAGCCGCAACUGCAAACGAUUCCACGGCUGCCGCCUCCGCCUCGGGCGGAACCAAGGAGACGUGGAAGCGGCGCAAGCAGGUGCUGCUCGCUGACGCAAAGGACCACACCGUCGCCGAUCUGCAGCUGCACGGUCUGCGUCCACCGCCUUACGGCUACCACCCUCACUACCAGAACUCGUCGAUCCUCGGCCAGACGGUCGGCCAGCUCACCGCGCACACGGCCAGCACAAGCACGAGCACCAGCGCAUCGCGCGAUACCAACCAUGCCACCUAUGCCUCGUCGCGCACCGCCAUCCUGCGUCCGGACGACCCGCACCUGCUCAUGGAAGAAGCCGGCAUCAAGCGGCGCGAGCGCGAGGAAGCCGGCCUGGACGCACGCAAGCUGCGCGGCCACAUCCUCGAAGGCGACUGGCCCGAGGUGGACAAGCUGCUCCAGAAACCGCUCGUCAAGAAUCACAAGGCGUUUCUGUACGCCGUGUACAAGCAGCAGUUCCUCGAACACAUCGAGCACCGCGAGUUCCAAAAGGGCUUCACCUUCCUCAACAAGCGCCUCAAGCCGCUCGAGCACUACCAGCCGCAUCCGUCCGAGUUUCGCGACCUCUGCUACCUCCUCUCGGCCAAAGCCGUGACCGACGCACCGUCGUUUGCCGCGUGGGAGGGCAUCCAGCCCGCCAGGGAGAAGCUCGUCAUGGAGUUCGCAGCCAUGCUCGAGCAGGACUGGCUCGAGAAGGAGGCUGGGCUUCCAGGCUCGGGCUCUGCGAGUGGUGGCGUCUCGGCUGCCAACGCCGCCCGUGCCGGCAGCGAGACAUCGGACCUGCUCGACGAUGCCAUGCUUGCCGACGGAAGUGCCGCGCCCAGUGGGUCCAAGGCCUCGACCAGCGGCUACACGUAUGUGCCGCCACAUCGCCUGCUCACCAUGCUCCACCAGGCGGUGGCGUACCAAGUCGAGUUCGCGCGCUACCACCCCAAGAAGGCGCCGGUCAUCUCGGGGCUGCUGCACGACUACACUGGCUUCAUCGUGCCCAAUGCUGUCGCGCACACCAUGCGCGGCCACCGCAAGAACGUCAAGAGCGUGCGCUUCGUCGGCGAAGAGGGGCGCAAGAUCGUGAGUGGCAGCAGCGACAAUACGGUGCGGCUGUGGCAUGCCAACACGGGGCGGUGCGAGGGCGUGUUGCAGGGGCAUCGCAGCCGCGUGUGGGAUGUUGACUCUACACGCACGGGUGGCCACGUUGCGUCGGCAUCGGGCGAUUCGACGGUCAAGGUGUGGGAUGUGGAGAGUGGGCAGUGCCGCACGACGCUGCGUGCGGGCGUGGGCGAUGUGUACAGCUGUCGCUUCCACCCCGACGAGCGCCACAUUGUUUCGGCGGGCUACGACAAGCUCGUGCGCAUGUACGACGUGGAGACCGGCUCGAUCGUCAAGACGUUUACGGGUCACCAGCUCGGCGUGUCUUCGGCGAUCUUCAAUCCGCUCGGCAACCUGAUCGUGACAGCCUCCAAGGAUACGACGAUUCGGUUCUGGGACGUGGUGUCGGGGCUUUGCAUUCGCACCAUCACGGGUCAUCUGGGCGAGGUGACGUCGGUGGAGAUCAACGAAACCGGCUCGCUGCUGCUCAGUUCGUCCAAGGACAACUCGAACCGCCUGUGGGAUCUGCGCAUGCUCAGACCUUUGAAGAGGUUCAAGGGCCACCAGAAUACCAGCAAGAACUUUAUCCGCUCCAGCUUCGCGCAUACCUCGUUGCUCGUCGGUGGUUCCGAAGACGGUUUGAUCUACAUGUGGGAUCAGGAGAGUUCCGAGGUGCUGCAGACGCUCGAGGGACAUGGACGCGAUACACUGCAUGCGCCUGCACGCGCGGGGCUGGGUGGACAUACUGCCAGUGGUACGGCUACAGCAACAUCGGUGGUGUCGGACCUCACUUCGCUCUCGACCAACAACAAUGUCGCAUACGGUGCGGUGUGGAACAAGGCGCAGAGCCUGCUGGCAUCGUGUGGCGACGAUGGAACGGUCAAGACGUGGAUCUGGGACGAAGGCAGGGAUCUCGAGGCGAAUGCCGACCUUGCCAGGCGUGCCAACGAUGAUUCGUGA